CACACUAAGAAAUCAAUAAUGGUAUCUUAGGAAACUUGCAUAUGUUGCUUUUAAUACCCAACUGCUCCGUACCUCUACCAACUAUUACUCACACUUUAGUUGUAGCCUGCUAGGAAAUAUUUCAGCCCUAAGGGGCUAUCGCAAGUCGAUAGUGACAGCAUGAUGAUUAACUACGUAGUAGCAGAGUAAAAAUUGCUGACUAAAAAUAAUCUUUAUCCGGAAAAGACUCCGAGUUACCCGCAUCUCAUUCUAACAUUCAAGAUAUCUUCCUUGGUUUGCUUAUUAUAAGUUUUAUUCUCUAAGCGGGUAGGCUACUGGCUUCAUGGAAACAGGAUUAUGGCCCAGCGAGUAUCCUGCCCACAAUGCAAUAAAACAUUUUCCAAAAGAGAACAUCUAAAUCGACACCGACUGUCCCAUACGGGAGAACGGCCUUUUCAAUGUCAGAUCUGCUCCAAGCCAUUUUCUAGGAGAGAUGUCCUCCUUCGUCAUCAACGAGGCCAUUUUGAAUUGGCGUCAUCGCCAUCGAAUGCAAAUGUGGCUCGCUUAAACAGAAAGAGAGCUUUGCGCGAUGAAUUGGCUGAGGUGUCUGGCUAUGAGACGAGUGAAGAAGCCCCAAGUUAUGCCGCGGCUGAGACGGGGGAAAACAUUGCUGGUGCCGGAUCGCGAUCAAGUCCAUUGGCCUUGUCGCCAUCGGAUCAUGCAUACGAGCCCAACAGAGGAUUAUCGCAUGAUUUACCUGUAAGACCGCAGACAGUUGGCUGGGAUGGAGGUCCCACAAAGAUGAUUCCUUCUUUAACUGCACGUAGCCUGUCUCCAUCGCACGUGCAUACCGAUGGGAGGGGUGGUUACGGCUCGUAUCCAACAGCUGACCAGACGUUACUCCCGGUCACCGACCAAGUUCACUUGUCAACUGGAACGAUAUCAGAAUUCAAUCGCAGCCCACUGAUAUUUGGUGACAUAUACUCUGGGACUGCCUUUCUUGAUAUCUUGUUGGGUCUCCCAGGUGGCCAGGCGACAGAAACGACAAGUGCCAACACCGAAGAAUUAGCUCUACCUUGGGCCGAGAACGGAACGUCGGAUCGGUUGACUAUUAGCCCCCAAGUUGAAGCCGGACCAAGGAGCUAUCCUGCUCAUAUCCGUCAGAAUGUGAAGAAGGUCCAAAACUUCUGGUCAAUACCGCAACGCCUCACUGUCGAGACGCAGAUCUGGUACGAAAUUAUAUCGGGGUCAUCAGCGAAUAUAUUCUCAAGACAUGACUAUGGGACAUGCACAGAAUCUUCGCAACAGCCACAGCACGCAGGACAUGCUGAGAUCUGCUUAAACCAUGAAAUUAGGUCACAGCUUCAAAAUUUGAAGCGAGGUCUGCUCAAGAGACAAUGCCGCUGUUCUAGCAGUGAUGGCCAAAUCACUGACACAUGUGAUGAACAUUACUUUUGUGAGAAUUUUAAUGGCAUCUUUGAACAAGGCCUUUACCUUUAUUUAGAUAAAUAUCAACCUACCUAUCCUAUAUUGCACGUACCUACUUUCAAGCCGCAGACCGUCCACACACUUCUGCUGUUUACUAUGUGCAUUAUCGGCUUGUCAUUUGUCAAGACAGAGGAGGCAGUGCGGUUUAUUUAUCACAUAUACCCGGUAUACUUGGAUUUCACCUUUUGAGCUUCCAACAUGCAACUAACUCGAGCCUCGGUGUCCCCUUAGGCACUCUUAGAUGAAGUCUAUAAACGCGUUAUAUCUACGACUCCCAGUGCCUCCAAUCCAUCAGUGAUGCUAAGUCACCUUACAUUAGCACAUCACAUGUUAUUCCUACUCGUCGUGACUGAGGUUUGUUAUAAUGUCCCACGAUGUCUGGUCUGUUUCCACGUCUAAGGACUUCUCACAGGGGAAUAUCUGUCCAACUAAGUCGCAGAUGCUG